UCAAAAUGGCCGAGCGACAGCAGCCGGAGCGCGGUGUUGAUUUGGACCAGAGUCAGUUCUGCUGUGCAGUAUGUUUGGACCUGCUGAAAGAGCCUGUUACCAUUCACUGUGGACACAGUUACUGCAAAAUCUGUAUUGAGUGCUGCUGGAACGAGCAAGAGAGGAGAGGACGGUACAGCUGCCCUCAGUGCAGGGAGACCUUCAAUCCCAGGCCUGUUCUGAGGAGGAACAACAUGCUGGCUGAGGUUGUAGAGAUGAUAAAGAGGACCGGCACCCAGCUGGCUUCUCCUGCUGCAGCCUGUGCCGGCCCGUCAGACGUCGCCUGCGAUUUCUGCCACGGGACCAGCAAAAACAAAGCCACGGUGUCUUGUCUGGCGUGCUUGGCAUCUUACUGUCCAGUUCACCUCGAGCCUCACCACAGUGUUCCUGUGCUGAAGAAGCACCAGCUGGUGUCAGCCACAAUCCCACUGCAGCAAAAGAUGUGUACAAAGCACAACAAGCUGAUGGAGGUCUACUGUGGGACAGACAAGAAGUGUAUCUGCUAUCUGUGCGUUAUAGAUGAGCAUAAAGGCCAUGGUACGGUGUCAGCUGCAGCAGAGAGGGCUGAGGAACAGAAACAGCUGAUUGUGAGUCAAAAGAAAGUCCAGGAGAGAUUCCAGAAGAGAGAGAAGGAGCUGAAUGAGCUGCUCCAAGCUGUGAAGGAUUUGAAGAGUUGUACCCAGCCUGCAGUGAAGAGCUGCGAUAAGAUCUUUGGUGAGCUGAUCUCCUCCAUAAAGAGACAAUGCACUGCAGCCAAGCAGCUGAUCAAAGCCCAGGAGCAGACUGCAGUCGCUCAGGCUGAGGAGCUGCAGCAGCAGCUGGAGGAGGAGAUCGCCAGCCUGAAGAGGAGAGACAUCGAACUGGAUCGGCUUUCUCAGACAGACGACCACAUCCAUUUCAUUCAGACUUUCCAGUCCCUCUCAAACUCCUGUGAGUCUCCAGACUUGCCUCCUGGUGUUGUCGCUCGUCCCAAACGUUCGACCAAAGCUGUGACUAAGUGCGUGUCCAAGAUGAGGGACGACAUAGAAAGCCUUCUGAAGGACACAUUGCCCAUGAUCUCUGCCACAGUGUCCACUAUAGAUGUCGCGCUGUCACUUGUGCCAAAGACCAGAGAGGAGUUUUUAUGCUAUUGCCAUCCUCUAACCCUGGACGUGAACUCGGUCUCCCAAAAUUUGUCCCUUUCACAAGGAUACCGGUGGGUGGAGAAUAAAGCCAGUGACAGACCUGCUCACUCGGAGAGGUUCACAAGUUUCAGGCAGGUUCUGUGCAGAGAGGGUUUGUCUGAGCGAUGUUACUGGGAGGUCAGUUUGAGUGGCACUUGGUCCGUGGCAGUGUCCUACAAAGACAUCAACCGAUCAUCAGAGUUUGGGCAGAAUAACAAGUCGUGGAGUUUAGAGUGCUCCAUACAUGGCUACACUUUCCGACACAACAAAAGGAGCGCGAAAGUGUCAGGCCCUCAGUCGUCCAGGAUCGGAGUGUACCUGGAUUAUGAGGCGGGUACGCUGUCCUUUUAUAGCAUCUCUGACACGAUGACUCUGCUCCACAAAGAACACACCACGUUCACUCAGCCUCUCUACCCUGGCCUCGGGCUGAAGGAUGGUGAUUCUUGGAUGAGCAGGGGACAUUGUGCAGAGCUGAUCAAGAUAUGGUGAUAAAAUUUAUAUUGGGGUGGUCAAUGUGUGCCUCUGUUGGCCCUCCAAUUUAACAAUUUGCGUACCAUAUGGUAGAUGAGAGGAUGUGAUUUUUAAUAGGUAAGGUCCUGCCAAGCCUUUUAUAUUUUGAUGCAGGUUUUUGGCUAGUUUUCUCUGCUGAAGCAUCAGCGCUAACCAGAAAUGCUUUAGAAGUGCUGGCUACUAUUUGGAUGAGAAAUUGUCAUUUUUAUAUGACACGUAAUUUCAAAUAUAUUGCAUUUCUGCAGCUUUAAACUAGCACUUUGAGUAACAGAAGCCCUUAUACAUACGUUCCUAAUUGCAAUACAGUUAAAACAGUUGAGGUAAAAGGGAAGCGUCGCGUCCAUAUUUUAAAUCGUUGUUGUUUUUUCCCCUCUCACUUUGGCUUCCCCUUGCCUUCUCUGGGUUUUCAGAUUUGAAUUUAAAACAAGACUUUUAAAAAUGUUUUUUAUGUUGCAGAGUGUUUUGGCCGAUGUACUGCACCUAAUGUGAUGUUUAAUGAUUUUUUUUUCUUUCACUUGUUUUAUAUAAAAUGCCAAUUAAAUGGCUGCUCAGAAAUUGUAGCACUCAAAAACAUUUGGACCUGGUGUUAACGUGCAUUUUGGGCGAUCCGAUCACAAGUGGACAGCGCUAAAUAAAAGUGUAAACGACAACAGAGAUGCAUUGUGAUCCAAUGUCUCAAACCACUUGCCAAGACAGUCUGUGACACAUUUGACCACACAUCUUUUGGAUAAACACCAGUGCCUUGCCAAGCACUGGUGUUUAUCCUGUUUAACUAACUUUUCUUAUGUCAGGUUGGACGAAGUGUACCAUCCAUGGUUUUGCUCCAUGGAAUGAGACAUGCUAAAUUCUGACAGUGAUAUCUCCAGCUGUACUGACACAACCACUAACGUGACUAGUAAGCAUGCUACAGAGCAGCUAGCAAAAGUUUGGACGUAAUGGAGAGUGCAGGACAUCACAAAAUCUGAACACAAGCGGUCAGCUGGAGGCGUAUGAGAGACGCAGGUGUGAAUGGCGAUGUGUCUAUGCUGCCACUUGUGAUCGGAUCACCCAAAUCACUAGUGAUGGCCAAAUGAAGCCUCAUGAACCACUUUCUUUAUUUUCUCACCCCACCAGAUGGUGCUCUUGGUUUAAAGAUAAAGGCCGAAGGACUGGCAAUGAAGUGUGCUUUCAAACUGUGGUUGAACAGACAGCGCCAUCUGGUGGCUUCAGAAAAUAAAGACAGUGGUUCAUGAGGCCUCAUUUGGCCAUCACUACAAAUCACAUGUGAACACCAGGUCUAAGUGAGGCCUUUGUCAUCAGUUACUUUCAGCUAUAUUAGCGUUGCUACUGUUGUAUUUAUUUUAGUGUAUUUAGAGUUCACUGUUAUACUUUAUACUACAACUGGUUAUGAAGAGUGAACAUGUAACACGUGUUUCAUGUUGUUUACAUACAUUUUUACAAGAAAUAAAUGAAUAAAUAAAAGCCUGUUCACAAC